AUGCCUGCUGAUCAGGACUCCCUCUACGGGCAACCCCGUUCAAAAAAGAACAAAACCGAACAAACCACUUCCUCCAACCUCGCUUUCACCUCCCAGCUCUCUUCACUCAUCGCCCAAGAUGUGACCUCCGCUUCGUCACGCGGGCGCCACCGUCCCUCCAAGAAUCAGAAGUCAGAUAUCUUCUCAAAGCACAACAAAGGCACUAAGAAGCGCGCAGCUGCCGAUCUCGCAGAUGACAACAGGGCCGUCAAGCAAGUCCACAGAAGCACCCAGGACAUUGGCUCCGUCGACGCCAACACGCUGAGCCGGUCUCGACGCCGCAUGCAAGAAAAAGCACGCCUUUACGAUGAUAUGAAGAAGGGACUACAUCUUGCCGGCGACAGUGAUGAUGAUCACAUGCCGGUCGAUCCAUCCGACCCGGACGCCUACCUGGCCCGACUACGACGCAAGGAGAAAGACGCAUUGGUUGAUUUUGACCUCAAGCACGCAAACGAGGAGCCAUUCAAGCAAGAUGAGUCGGACGAUGACAAUGCGUCGAUUAUUUCCUACGAAGACGAAUUCGGCCGUUCUCGCCGUGGCACUCGCGCCGAAGCCGCCGAAGCUUCUCGCCUUAAGGAUGAAGAAGCAGGUGGCAGAGCUGCCAAGGAGCGCUGGCGGCCUGCUCGUCCCGACAACUUAAUUUACGGAGAGGCCAUUCAGACUGAAGCUUUCAAUCCCGAUGCCAACAUUGCGUCGCAGAUGUCCCACCUCGCUGCUCGUCGUGACCGCUCACCUACCCCGCCAGAGAAGAAGCAUUAUGAUGCCGAAACGGAGGUUCGCAAUCGUGGAACUGGAUUCUAUACCUUUUCCACCGACGAAGAGGAGCGCAAGCAGCAGAUGGAAGAACUCCGAAUUCUGCGAGAGGAAACUAUAUUCAAGCGGAAAACGGACGAGGAACGGAUGGCUGAGCGCAAGGCUCAUGUACAGUGGCGAUGCAAAGAGAUCCAGAGAAUUCACGACGAGAAUAAGGAAAGAUGGCGCCUAGAGGACCUUGAAGCUGAACGCAACCCUAAGCCAAAAGCAACGCCUCCGCCUAAGCCACCCCCCACGAAAUGGUUGUAUCCUGAGUCCGACCCUCCGUAUGACUGGACUAAAUGCCCACUGGCGCGGCGAUAUAUGGUCAUGGUUUAUCCUGACCCAGACGAUAUCGCCGACUCUGCAAAGGACAAAGACACUGCAAAGGAGGAGCACACUUCCUAG